AUCCAUUUUCUUCCCCAUAGGUGCACUUCUUCUUUACAUCCUUCUCCAAAAGCUUAACCAUUCCUUCCCAAACGAAAUCCUUUGAUAUGGCUUUCUUCGGUGGAUCCAACUCGAUAUCAUUCAAUUCAACUCCCGAAAGUAUCGCCCCGAACCAAGAUUCGAUCGAUUCUUGUACCAAUGACCCACUCCUUACCCUCGGACUCGCUUGUUCGAGCACUCCUACAACAAUUCCGCUCGGCGAGAGAGAGCAUUCGUGCACAUUUAUACCAGGUCAGUUCGGUGUCAACAAACGUGUCACAAAAGUCAAGAAAACGUAUGUCACCGCAUACAGACCCGGACCACACAAUCACAUGAUUGCGCCGCCCGAUAUUCUCAACCAAAACUCUCUUCCUGAAGGUUUUGUCGUCACCAAAAAAAUCGAGAAAACUGUCGAGUAUUUCUUCCCGUCCCCUCCGAUUUCAACUCACCACCAUUUGCAUUUCACCAAUGCAUCUCAUCACCCUCAAACCUCUUCAACCCAUGAUUACAAUUCUCCUCCUCCUCAUCAUCAUGUCCAACCCCAUCAACCUAACUACCCAAAAACUUCCAUCAACACCACCCCCAACACCAUGAACCAUCCCUUCACAUCAUCCAAACAUUUUGUGCCUCACACCGAAACCCACCCAACUCAUCCCAACCAGUCCAAACCACACGGGAAGGACAGUGUUGUCAUUCUCGACGUUGACGAUGAAUUCGUUCCUCUCAUUUCAGACGACGACGAUGUUAACUACUUCGAUUCUGACGACGAUUUCGCAGAUUACAUGGGCGAAAACGAGCACUCGAUCGACGACGACGACGAGAUGAUACACCGAUCUAACCCGGGGAGAACUCACAGUCUCCCUCACCGGAAACACGGGCCGUAUGGAUGCCCGAGGUGUAACGAAGUGCUCCCAACUCCACAAGCAUUCGCUGCUCACGCCCGUGGUCAUUACAAGAACGAGAGCAAAGAAGAGAGGGAUGAGAGACUUGCUGCGAGGAAGAGGAGGAGCGGGUUUGCCUUCGUGGGCUCAUCGUCGUCGUCUGGCGAUGGACCGACGACGACGACGACGAUGUUGCCUGCUGGAAAGUACAUGGCGUGGAAUGACUAUGAUCCUCAUAUUCCGCCGGUUAUAAGGAACAUAACGGGGAAAGAAUGGAGGGAGAUUCAGAGCAUGGAGGGAGCUAGUUCGAGCCAGGCAGAUGAUCUUGAUGAGCCGUAGAAGGGCAGAGGAGGAGGCAGAGGAGGUUGAAUGAAAGGCAUGUGUGUUUGUGUGGUUGAGUCAAAGAUGAGAAUAAAUGUUGUUUGUUGCUUCUCGUUCCAAAGUUAUGUGCUUUUGUAAGAUCCAUGUGUGUUGUUGUUUAUGUACUUUUUUUUGUUUUUGUUUUUGUUUCAAUGUAGUGUGGUAAAUGGUAAAUGGUAAUGAAUGAUCUCUGGCCUCAUUUCGAACGUUGUCUUUGAUGAGAUGGUGGUUAGAGGGUGGAAAGCAUUCGAUUCGGUCAGAACCGGGUCGAACUGAGACAAGACUGGAUCAAAAGUAAAGAAAAAAUGAGAGUAAAAGUUUGACUAGUAGCAUGUUUUGUUCGUUUUGUUCAAUUCUGUUCAAUUCAAAUUUAAUUUCGGUCUACUUUUUCUCUAUAAGUAAAAUUCAUAGGACUGAUUUAUCACUCAUAUUUGAGAGGAUGUGAAUGAAACGAAAAAGGAUCCACGGCUAGUAUUAAAGGAGGAAAUUAUGCAAAUACACAAAUUAUACAUCGGAUUCGUUAGUCCUACAUACGAAUGUACAUUGGAUGUAGACAUAUAUGGUAGUAUAUUAUCAAUUUUUUCCACAUGUAUAGUAAUAUCAAUUAAAGGAAUUGAACAAAAUCUUACUCCAUGAAUUGAUAGGAUAUAGUUUCCCAACUUAAUUUUUGGGUCUAUCAAAUUCAACCCUUUAUUUUGGACAAUAACUAAUCACAAUACCAUAACUUAAUAAUAAAAAAUACACUGUACAACUAUUAAGAAACAUGUGCCACCUUAUCAUCUUAGUUUAUAAGUAGAGAGCCUAAAUAUCAAAUCAUUCUCAUCAUACACUAGUAGAUUCAAAUCUUCUCUCUCGGAUCUCAUCAUCUUCACCACGUGCUCUAAGGAAAUACUAACAAGGAUAUCGAAAUGGAGAAGACAUCCAUCAAACUCGUCUCGGUAUUGGUUGCAGUACUCUUCCUCGUUGCUCAAUGUGCGUUACAAUGAGUUCGUCUCGAAUUUUGAUCUUAUGCUUUUUUUGCUUUACUCUCUAACAGUUAUUUCUCGUUUCUUUCAUAUAACACGAAUCGGAAAACUAUAUUGCAGAUGGGGGAGUGGAGGCCAGAUCGACAUUAACUCCAUGCGAACAAGACGGGGAUUGCGCAGCUGUUUGCCCAACUAUCUGCACGGUUCAUGAAACAUGUGAAUGUUACAACAAGAUAUGUAGAUGUCUUGUGGAUAAAGUCAUUAAUCCGGUUGUCAUGGGGAUAAAAAAUCAAUAACCGGUUAUAUGAGGAGGUUUUUUGUGAGUGUGUUUGAUGUUGAUGAAACCUUUUAGAAAUUGAGGAUGGUUGAUUUCAAUUUCGGCGAAUUUAUAUGAAUAAAGCAAUUUUAUUUCAUAGGUGAAACAAAAAAUAAGAAUACACAACCCUUAAGUAUGCACUCUACCACAUACCACUUGGGGCAAGUAGCAACUAGUUAUUAGUUUGGGUACCUCAAUAAUAAUGACCCAAAGUUGAGGCACCAAAAUGAAACUUAUUAAUCCUUCAUUUUGAUGAAUAAAAUCGUGAAAAGGGCGUGUCGAUGAUACACUCUUUUUUUUUUGUAAGAAUUGAUAAUACACUCUUAAUUUUAGGGUAAUGGAUAUACUUAACAUAAAACUAGAUAUUAUCACAAUUUAAUUUUAAUCACUGAGAUUAAUCUAAUAUGAUAUUUUAACCUAACUACACAAUUUGUUCAUGCAUUUUAUUGUUGGACAAUGGACGCUUAUAUAAUGCUUUAGCAUUUAUUCAGAAAAAUAUUAUGAGUCUUGGAGAUUUCAAAGUCAUUAUAAUUUUAUUUAGUAUCGAACACCCACAUAUCAUUACAAUAGAUCGUAUCAGAACCAAAAUCAAGAGAGUAACCUAGGUUAGCAAAAAAAUGCAGCUUGAUCAUAAGAUUAUUUGUCCUUUAAAUUGGUGUUUAUAAUUGAAAUUAGAUGAUUUCUGAAGUUGUAUAGAACAAGUUUUCGAAUUAUUGAAACUACGAGAGUAGGGCUAUAAUCCAUCUAGUGCAUAAAGCAUUGCAUUAUUGGAAGAACGAUACAAAAUCAUCGAAAAUUUUAUCACGUAUCAUUGAUUCUGUCAUUCAGACUAUCUCACAAAAAAAAUCAUAAGAAUUCUAAUACAUACUUAUAAGUCCCCACCACCAAAACUCGGAAAGCAACUCAAAUUCAAAUUCAAUUUGUGGUAAACAUAUCUAGGAAGGAGGUGGCACUUGGAAGGUUUCAAGAAAGGAAAACAAGAGAUGAGAGCUAAAAAAAAUAAAAUAGAAAAUAGAGUUUUGUUUUGGUUUCUAAUUUUGGGUUUGUGCUUUCCCGAACCUCCUCUUUUGAUCUUGAAAUAACGAAUCGGCUAAUCACUGAUACCACUCGAUUUCUUACAAUUCACUGCUUAGACAUUGAGAUUUGUACAAGUUGCUAUUGAAAGAAGAAAAAACACACACCCUUGUAGGUACAUAAAAGGUAUGAAUAUAUCAUUUUUAUAGAUAAUAUCAAUAAGAUAAAGUCAGAUAC